UUGUGGGAACAGCCGCAGCCUCCUCCUCCAUCUCUGCAGCAGCAGGAACAAUAACCAGCGGAGCUGACGAGUCACUGCAGCCGCCUGCCUGCUCUCCUCUCCGGGUACAUCUCUCCGUGUCUGCGGGAAGAACCGAGCUGGUGUGAGCAGCUCCGCGGACGAGGCAGGGAGGGAGACGGGCAGAGGGAAGAUGUCCUCCCCGCAGGUGUCCUCGUCCCGCAGACAGUCAUGUUAUCUGUGCGACCUGCCCCGGAUGCCCUGGGCCAUGAUCUGGGACUUCACCGAGCCCGUGUGCCGGGGCUGCGUCAACUACGAGGGCGCGGACCGGAUCGAGUUCGUCAUCGAGACCGCCCGGCACCUGAAGCGGGCUCACGGUUUCCAGGAGGGCAGGUCCUCCGCCGGCGGCCCGCAGCAGCAGCCCGCCGUGGCGAAGAGCCAGGCGGUUCUACUGACCGGGAAGGAGCCGGUGGGGCAUCCCAUCCACCACCACCUCCAGGCGGACGCACCGACGAAGUCUCAGCAGCCCGGUUUGGACCGGUACUCGCUCGGUGCGGACAGCCGCGCUCGGUUCGACUACAGCGGACACAGCAGCAGGCUGCCCAACGGUCUCCCAGGGCCGAACGGGUUCAAACCGGAUGACGGACCGCCCGAGCUUAACCGACAGAGUCCGAACUCGAGGGGCAGGAGCCACGGGGGGCUGGGGUCGGCACCGGGACAGAUCACUGUGCCGCCGAACCUGCUGCCCCAGACCCUGCUGAACGGACCGGCCCCGCACGGCAUGGCGAGCAGAGGCGCCCCGCAGGGCUCCAUGGGCAGUGUCUCCAUGCCCGGACAGGUGGGGAUGUCUGACCCGGGGGGGAAGCGACCGGCCUCGGUGUCCAGCACGGACCAGGAGCGGGAGCUGAAGGAGAAGCAGCGGAACGCGGAGGCUCUGGCCGAGCUGAGUGAGAGUCUCCGGAACCGGCAGGAGGAGUGGGCCAGCAAGCCGAAGCCGGUGCGGGACACGCUGCUCACUCUGUCCGGCUCGACCCCGUUCGACGUCCGCUUCAAGAAAGACCACGGGCUGGUCGGCAGGGUGUUCGCCUUCGACGCGGUGUCCAAACCCGGCUUGGACUUCGAGCUGCGGAUCUUCAUCGAGUACCCGAGCGGCUCCGGGAACGUGUUCUCCAGCGCCUCGGGGGUGGCCAAGCAGAUGUACCAGGACUGCAUGAAGGACUUCGGCCGAGGUUUGUCCUCCGGCUUCAAAUACCUGGAGUACGAGAGGAAGCACGGCUCCGGGGACUGGCGGCUGCUCGGGGAUUUAUUACCGGAGUCCCUGCGGUUUUUUAAGGAGGGUUUGGGGGGAGACAUGCUCCCCCAGCCCUACAUCGACGGCAGCUACCCGCUCCUGCCCACCUCCCUGGUGCUGUCCGGCCGAGCGGUGGCUUCAGGCAGCGGGAACAGCGGCUCCAGGGCCGCGGUGCGGAAGAGGAAAGCCUCCCCGGAGCCGGACUCAGCGGAGGCCGGGCUCAAGCUGGAGGAGCAGCAGAGGCAGCAGUGGAUCAACAGCCAGACCGAGGCCCUCAAACUGUCCAUGGCUGCGGGCUCCUUCGCCGGGGCCGCUUCAUCCCUCGGGCCGGGACACCCCGGCCUCUCCGGCCGCUCCACUCCCCCGGAGCCCGCCGCUCCUCCGCAGAACGGACAGUCCCCGAUGGCCGCGCUCAUGUCGGUCGCGGACACGCUCGGGAACGCGCAGUCCCCCAACAAGGACAGAGACUCCGUGCACUCCACCACCUCCUCCAGACACAACAGCAGCCCGGUGUCCCCCGCAUCCGUGUCCGGACAGAGGCGCCUCUCGUCCCGCAACGGAGACCUCGGGCUGCCCGCGCCCUCUCAGUCCGCGGGGGGCAUGGACCAGGUGCACGCUCAAAACGUGCCCGACUCCCCCAUGGCCAACAGCGGGCCCCUGUGCUGCACGAUCUGCCACGAACGGUUAGAGGACACGCAUUUCGUGCAGUGUCCCUCCGUCCCCAACCACAAGUUCUGCUUCCCCUGCUCCAGAGAGAGCAUCAAGGCCCAGGGAGCCUCCGGGGAGGUGUACUGCCCCAGCGGGGAGAAGUGCCCCCUGGUCGGCUCCAACGUGCCCUGGGCCUUCAUGCAGGGGGAGAUAGCCACCAUCCUGGCCGGAGACGUGAAGGUGAAGAAGGAGAGAGACCCCUGAGGAGGAGGAGGAGGAGGAGGAGGAGGAGACUUUGAACUCUUCCUCUCUGCUUCCACUGCAGAGCAAACCCCACAUGAAGCACAGUGAGUGCGGCUGAGCCUCAACACGAGUCACGGAGGGAAACACUGGAUGUAAAGCAGCUGUUGGACCACAGGACGAACAGGGCUGCAGAUAACGAGAUGAAACAGUGUGAUUUAUUCAUCGGAGUGAGCUGACACAUUAUUCAACACACUCUGGAGGAAUUCAGUUUGCAGAAAUUAAACUGCUCUUACAUCUUUAGUCUGUAAAAUGGAAGUCAGAGGUGACGUCUUCAAAUAUCUGGUUUUAAAACGUCCGUUUCUGUAAAAGGAAACAGAAACUGGGACGUUAUUGAAAGGUUUAAUCAACUAUCACAGCGGUUGCCUGAUUAGUUUCUACAUAAUCAUUUUAUAAUCUACCACUUAUUAUAAUAAAAAUAAUAAUAAUAUCCAUUAUCAGUGUCUGUGCUAUAAUUUAAAAUAAAUUCUCCAACAUCGCUUCCGACUGAAAAAAAUAAAACAAACAGAAAUAAGCAUUAUUUAAAACAUUAGCUCAAGUAAGUCCAUUAGUUUUCAUGAAACAUAUGUAACCUGUACUCAUAAGGACCAAAGCUCCAGAAUAUCAAUCACAGGUCUGAGCUUGAACCACCGAGGCUCCGCUGGGUCCCUGGGGUCCAGAACAUCCAGGACUUAUCCUGUAUUUACGGCAGAGGGCUGCAUUUCUUUAAAAACUGAACACAACUUCCUCCAGUUCAUUUAUCUUCAGAAUGUAAAGCUGAUUAUCGCUCUACGUUCUUCUCAUCCAAGAUUUAAGGUCACAUUGAUAAAUCCUUAUUUCUGUUUCCCAUGGGUCCUUUCUCAGGACGGGCCAGAUUAUUGGACGUUAAUCCACCUCAGCGAGGGUCCUUGUUGGGUCUGAUGAGUCAGAAGGGGGGGGGGGGGUGUCUCUGACGUUUAAUCUGACGUUUAGAGCAAAUAUUUCAUCUGGAGUCUACAAAAAACUCUGAGCCUCCUGCACAGCAAAAAGUCUAUGAGUUUUCAAAUGUUCUUAAUGUGGAGGUGACCGCUCCUGCAGGUGGAGGAGGAGAUUCUAAUCGUACUGGAACUCUAAUGAUGUUAGAAAUGAAAGAAGGAGAAAAAUAACGACUCAAAUCAAAUCACUUGUUGACAAGUGACGUCACACGUGAAAGAGAAUCAACACGUUAAAGACAUUGUUCAUUGGAUCAGUGUAGAGAGACUCAGGGUUUCCUCUAGAAAACUGUUUCAGACAUGAGCACAGGAAAACAGUGUGUGGACAUGUUGUGUAGUUGGUGUUUGUGAAGCAGCAGCAGCAGGUUGUUUCUGGACAUGUUGUGUAGUUGGUGUUUGUGAAGCCGCAGCAGCAGGUUGUCGGGUCCGACUCGUUCACAGCAACAGGAACAUGUGGGAACAUUGAGGCGAGGGGCGGAGCCUGUAGAGCAGCAGGAGAUAUUUGUGUUCUUCCAGUUUCACGUCCGUCACGUCCACUCGCUCACUGUGAAGUUUGUCAUUUACCCCACAGUUAUAACUUGUAUUACUUAAUAACUGAAUUAUUCCCUGACUGAGUUGAAAAGGCCUUGAAGCAACGUUUAGACAUGAGGGAGGUCAAACCUGUCAGUCGUCCAUCAGGAAUUAUGAAGGCGUUUGGUUUGAUGAUGCUCAGAAUCUGUGACUGACCUGAGAGAACUUUGAUUAUAAGGAGGUAAUGAGCACAGGUUCAAAGUUGAGAUGAAGUGAAGAGCAUUUACAGAAUAUAACUGGACAGUGUAAUGUGUGAAUAUUGUUUGCUAAAUCCCCCAAAUUUUCAGGAAAUGUUUUUGACUUUUUCCAUGGUCCAAAAACACAAACCCACCUGGUCUAUAAAGAGAGUAAGCUUUUUCAGGGUUUGGAAGAAAUCCUUGAUUCUGGAAAGUUCAGUUUCUUCACCCACGAGAAAUCAGCAGAGGCUGCAGCUCUGCAACAGGUGAUUCAUGUUGUUUUAGAGAGAAACUGAAAUACACAGAAAGAUAAUCAAUCGCCAAAAUCAUAUUUAAAGCAAAAAUUAACUGGUUCCAGCUUCUGUUCUGGUUUCGUUCAUCCUGAACUGUUGACAGCUGAAGACGUCACCUUGGACUCUGAUUCACUAUUUUCUGACACUUUACAGAAUAAAUGAUCAAUCGAGUAAAUGUUUUACAAUUGAAAAAUGAACAUUAGUUGCAGCCCCAGACCACAAAGACAUUCAGUAAAUAGUGAGAUGAAAUAAGUUUUACUAGAGAAUUUAUGUGGAAAAUUAUCAUAAAUUGGAUUAAUUGACAUCCAGUUUUCUCGGCCACUGAUUUAUUCUUAAUUUUGCCAUGGACUUUUGUGUGAAGCACUUUGUAACCUCGUUUAGAUAAGUGCUAUACAAAUAAAGUUAUUAUUAUUAUUGUUAUUAUAAAAGCUAAUAUCAAUUUAUCAAAACAAUUCAAGUCCCUCCGCUGACAGAUUUGAACAGAGAAGUUUUCAGGCUGAGAAGCUGCAGAGAAGGAUUCAGUACAGGUUUGUUCAGAGAGAAACAUAUAAAUAUUCUACAUGUGGAUGUUUCAGAAAAAGAGUUGAAGUGUUUUCAUUGUGGUGGAGGUGACGGAGGUGUGAACAGUGAUGGUGUGAUGUUGUGUUUAAACAGAUGGUUCAGAGAGUGACACAGCUCUCAGUCACAGACUUCCUCAUCACACCAUCAGUUGAUUUUAUACAAUCAUGUUGGUAAAAAAUACGUUUUUAUUUUUUAUAGGAGUUUUAAGCUAUUUGUUUUGUUUUUUUAUUGAUUUUUGAAAAGGUAUUUAAUUCAUUUUUGUGAAUUUUCUUUUUAAACAUUGUCUUUUUUUACAAUUUCUUACUGCAAUAAAUCUUCUCUUCAGGUUUUUACAGUUUUUCUGUUCCACAUCUAAAAUUUGAAUUCGUAAAAUGAACCAUUAGAACACACAGGCCCUUUUCUUUUUUAGUAUUUUCUGUUUCUGUACCGUCAGUUGAUAAAAAGGAUAAAACAAAUGAAACAAACACAUUUGAUCUUGUAACGUGCCUUGGAGCUGAGUCAGUUGUAAUAAAUUUCAUUGGUAUGAACCUU